GCGCAUGCGUGAGCGCCCAGAGUCCUGCAUCAACUCGCUAUAUGAGACCGGGCGCGGAUACAGAUGCAGCUUUCUUGAACAGCCGCACAAAUGGAUGGAACCGAAACGAACCGGAGAAACUGCGCGAAAACGGAGCAACAGAAGAUGUUAGACUCCGGAGGAAACCAAAGUGGAUCUAAGGACAGAGUGACUCUUAAAAAAGAAAUCGGACUCUUGAGCGCCUGCGCCAUAAUUAUAGGCAACAUCAUUGGCUCAGGGAUCUUCAUCUCUCCAAAGGGGGUUCUAGAUCAUGCAGGCAGUGUGGGGUUCUCACUCAUUGUAUGGGUUCUUGGAGGAGGGAUCUGUGCCUUGGGAUCUCUUUGCUAUGCCGAGUUGGGCGUCACCAUCCCCAAGUCAGGUGGAGACUACUCAUACGUGACUGAGAUCUUCGGGGGAUUGGUGGGGUUCUUGUUGCUGUGGAGCGCUGUGUUGAUCAUGUACCCAACGACUCUGGCUGUGAUUGCUCUCACCUUCUCCAACUAUGUGCUACAGCCAGCUUUUCCUAACUGCCUGCCUCCAUACAUCGCCACCCGGCUCCUCUCAACCACCUGCGUCUUGUUCCUGACUUGGGUGAACUGCUCCAGUGUGCGCUGGGGGACACGGAUUCAGGAUAUUUUCACUGUGGGGAAACUGCUUGCCCUUGUCCUAAUCAUUGUAGUGGGAAUGAUCCAGAUUGCCAAAGGACACUACGAUGCGUUAAAGCCCCAGACAGCAUUUGAGUUCAUAAAGGAUCCGUCAGUGGGACAGAUUGCUCUGGCCUUCCUGCAGGCCUCAUUUGCCUACAGUGGAUGGAACUUCCUGAACUACGUCACCGAAGAGGUGGUUGAGCCUCGCAAGAACCUUCCACGUGCAAUCUACAUCUCCAUCCCCCUUGUGACGCUCGUCUAUACUCUCACCAACAUUGCCUACUUCUCCUCCAUGUCCCCUCAAGAGCUGCUGGAGUCGAAUGCUGUGGCUGUGACAUUUGGAGAGAAGCUGCUAGGAAUGUUCUCCUGGGUGAUGCCCAUCUCUGUAGCUCUUUCCACCUUUGGGGGGAUCAAUGGAUACUUGUUUACAUCGUCUAGGUUAUGUUUCUCAGGCGCCAGAGAGGGUCACCUGCCCUACCUGCUGGCUAUGAUCCACCUUAAGAGCUGCACACCAAUCCCUGCCCUACUCGUUUGUUGUACGGCGACCAUAGUGAUCCUGUGUAUCGGGGACACGCAUAACCUGAUAAACUACGUGUCAUUUAUAAACUACCUCUCAUAUGGAGUCACUAUAGCUGGGUUGCUGUACUACAGAUGGAAGAAACCCAAAAUGGUCCGACCCAUCAAGGUAAACUUGUUGGUCCCUUGCAGCUAUCUAGUGUUCUGGGCAGUGUUAUUAGGCUUCAGUCUGUACUCAGAGCCAGUGGUGUGUGGCAUGGGUCUAGUGAUCAUGCUCACCGGAGUCCCCAUCUACUUCAUUGGAGUGCAGUGGAAAAACAAACCACACUGGAUUUCCAGUGCCGUGGAGAAAGUCACCUAUCUGGGGCAGAGGCUGUGUUACGUGGUCUUCCCUCAGGAUGAUCCUUCUGAAAUAGAGCCUCUUACAGAGAAAUCAGAGCUGUGAGCGGCAGCAGAGGACUCCUCGCACUCCUUUUUUGGAAUCGCAAAGACCUGUUUUCCAUCCGUUAUUGAGUGUUUUCUUUGUCUGAUGCUGUACGUGAGGAGAUGCUCCCCACAAGCUCCUCUGAGACUCAGCCAUCACAGCAGAAGAUACAGAAGUUUUACAUUUUCUCACUCAGAUGCCACAUUUAAUAGUUGUAACUGUUCUCCCCUCACAUACGUUUGCCUGGACACCACCUUGUCCUGUCGAAGAUGAAUUCCCAUGUCCUCUUCACGUUUUCUCUGGGAGUCGUUCAUUUUUGAGAACUGUUGGUGUAUUCUCGUGUGCCUUACAGGAUCUCGCUCUGUUUUUGAGGUUUAUCUUUUUAGACUUUUUAUUAGCAAACCCCUGUGAGUGAGCAAAAGGGGAAUGUGUUUACCUCUUAACCCAGUCUGAAACCUAAACUCCAUCUGUGAGUCACUUUCUCACCUAGAGGAUUAGUCCUCUAGUCCUCCUAAUUACUUACUUCCUCAAGCAAAAAAUUAAUAACGUCUAGCUGCGCUCAAAAUGUCUAUGCAAUAGUCUAGGCACUUUAAUGUACUCGCAAAUGUUUAGCUCAUAUUGCACGAUAAACUUAUUGCCAUGCUUCUUUAAUAAGCAACAAUCUCCCGCCACUGUUUAACAGAGGCUCUACCCCAGCACUUAUCAGCACUGCCAGUCUUUCAGCCUUAUGCUAAUGAUAGGAACCAUGGUUCCAAGUUCAUUCUUCUCGGAUAACGUUAUUUACAUAAAAGGUGCUUUACGUUAAAAAAAAUAAAAAUCUCUUAGGCACUUCAACUGUUUUCCAAAAAGAAGAUUAAUGCUUUUAGAUAACUAAAGCAUUUGCCUAUUUUGAUUGGGACGCCUUUAUUUCGGGCACUGAUCAUGGACGUUCCACUGAGCUAUGCAACAGCGGCGAUAUCCAUCUCUUCGUUUUAAACUGACCACCAAAGUCCGUUAAGCAGAGUUUAGAUCUGAAGGUGUUGUGAUUAGCGGCUUUGCACUUGAACGCCGAUUGAGCGCCCCCUUCUGGUUAGAUGUUUACUGACACUCGAUCGCAGCCUUUAUAAAUACCCCAGUUCUCGUCUCUUUCCGUGGGUCCAGCUCAGCGUCUCUCAGUGAUGUCCGUCAGACUAGCAGUGUUCAUGCCCUCACUGCCCACAGCGGCAAGGCACGUUAAAAAUCACAGCACAGUAAAAUCUUAAUGUAAAUAUUGCUUAAAGUUUCGAAUACAUCAGGGAUUCAUUGUGAGAUCGCAUUCCUGACAUUAGCGAAGUGUGCGGCGUAUGUAUUAAAUAUACAUAUGUUCCAUAUUGUAUGCACUAUAGAUAUGUAUGCUGAUAUACUUGUGUUUUGUAAAAGAAAUGUUAAAAGGUGUUUAUCAAUAACAAUAUUAGCACAUUAAAUUUAAUUGCAAGUAA